CGCCCGCUCAGCCAAUCCGCUGCUACCGGCGUCGGGUGCACUCGGCCUCGCCCGCGGCCUCCUGUCCCUGGCACCCGCUCGCAGCUCGCUCACUUUGCUGCCGCCGCUGCCUCAGCCGCUGCUGCUGUCCCACCGCCGCAUCCGCAUCGCUGCCUGGGGAAUCUCUGAAGAUGGCAGAAGCCCACCAGGCUGUAGCUUUUCAAUUCACAGUCACUCCAGAAGGGAUCGACCUUCAGCUGAGCCAUGAAGCCCUUAAGCAAAUCUAUCUCUCCGGACUCCACUCCUGGAAGAAGAAGUUCAUCAGAUUCAAGAAUGGCAUCAUCACUGGUGUGUACCCGGCCAGCCCCUCCAGUUGGCUCAUCGUGGUGGUGGGCGUGAUGUCAACCAUGUAUGCCAAAAUUGAUCCCUCCUUAGGAAUAAUUGCAAAAAUCAACCGGACCCUUGACACGACUGGCUGCAUGUCCAGUCAGACGAAGAAUGUCGUCAGUGGCGUCCUGUUCAGCACGGGCCUCUGGGUCGCCCUCAUCGCCACUAUGCGCUACUCGCUGAAGGUGCUGCUGUCCUACCACGGCUGGAUGUUUGCGGAGCAUGGCAAGAUGAGCCGCGCCACCAAGAUCUGGAUGGGUAUGGUCAAGAUCUUUUCAGGCCGAAAACCCAUGCUGUACAGCUUCCAGACCUCGCUGCCGCGCCUGCCCGUGCCAGCCGUCAACGACACCGUGAGCAGGUAUCUGGAAUCGGUGAGGCCGCUUAUGAAGGAGAAAGAGUUCAAACGGAUGACGGUGCUUGCCCAGGACUUCGCUGGCAGUCUUGGACCAAGGUUACAGUGGUAUUUGAAGCUUAAGUCCUGGUGGGCCACAAAUUAUGUGAGUGACUGGUGGGAGGAAUACAUCUACCUGCGAGGACGGGGGCCGCUGAUGGUCAACAGCAACUACUAUGCCAUGGAUUUGCUGUAUGUUUUACCGACUCACAUUCAGGCAGCAAGAGCGGGCAACGCCAUCCACGCCAUCCUGCUGUACAGACGCUCGCUGGACCGGGAGGAAAUCAAACCAAUUCGGCUCUUGGGAUCCACGAUCCCACUCUGCUCGGCUCAGUGGGAACGAAUGUUCAAUACCUCUCGGAUCCCAGGCGAGGAGACAGACACCAUCCAGCACCUCAAGGACAGCAGGCACAUCGUCGUGUACCACCGAGGCCGCUACUUCAAGGUGUGGCUCUACCACGACGGGAGGCUAUUGAAGCCCCGGGAGAUUGAACAGCAGAUUCAGAAGAUUUUAGACGACCCAUCAGAGCCCCAGCCUGGGGAGGCGAAGCUGGCGGCCCUCACCGCAGGAGACAGGGUACCCUGGGCCAGGUGUCGCCAGGCCUACUUCGGACGUGGUAAAAACAAGCAGUCUCUUGAUGCUGUGGAAAAAGCAGCAUUCUUCGUGACGUUAGAUGAGACCGAACAGGGGUACAGAAAGGAAGACCCGGACACGUCCAUGGACAGCUAUGCCAAGUCUCUCCUGCACGGCAGGUGCUUUGACAGGUGGUUUGACAAGUCAUUCACAUUCAUCGUCUUCAAAAACGGGAAGAUGGGAAUGAAUGCUGAGCACUCCUGGGCCGACGCGCCCAUCAUUGGCCAUCUAUGGGAGUACGUCAUGGCUACUGACAGCUUUCAGCUGGGCUAUGCAGAGGAUGGGCACUGCAAAGGGGAUACCAACACCAGCAUUCCGUACCCCACCAGGCUGCAGUGGGACAUCCCGGAGGAAUGUCAAGAGGUUAUAGAGACCUCCCUGAACAGUGCGAAUCUUCUGGCAAAUGACGUGGAUUUUCAUUCUUUCCCAUUCAACAACUUUGGGAAAGGGCUGAUCAAGAAGUGCCGCACAAGCCCAGACGCCUUUGUCCAGCUGGCGCUGCAGCUGGCGCAUUACAAGGACAUGGGCAAAUUUUGCCUCACGUACGAGGCCUCUAUGACCCGGCUCUUCCGGGAAGGCAGGACGGAAACCGUGCGCUCCUGCACCACCGAGUCCUGCAGCUUCGUGCUGGCCAUGGUGGACCCGACCCAGACGGUGGAGCAGAGGCUCAGGCUGUUCAAGACUGCAUGCGAGAAGCACCAGCUCCUGUACCGCCUCGCCAUGACGGGCUCGGGCAUCGACCGCCACCUCUUCUGCCUUUAUGUUGUGUCCAAAUACCUCGGUGUGGAUUCUCCGUUCCUUAAGGAAGUUUUGUCUGAGCCUUGGAGAUUAUCAACCAGCCAGACUCCUCAGCAACAGGUGGAGCUGUUUGACUUGGAGAGAAAUCCAGAGUACGUGUCCAGUGGUGGCGGCUUCGGACCAGUUGCUGACGAUGGCUAUGGCGUGUCCUACAUCCUUGUGGGAGAGAACCUCAUCAAUUUCCAUGUCUCUUCCAAGUUCUCUUGCCCCGAGACAGAUUCUCAUCGUUUUGGGAAGCACCUGAGACAAGCCAUGAAUGACAUCGUCGCUUUGUUUGGGCUCAAGUCCAACUUCAAAAAGUAAUUCCUGUAGAGGUGCUGGGAAGGAAAAUGAACUCUUCUGAGGCAAACCAAAUGGAAAAUAGGUGUUCAUCCUGAUUGUGUCAUAGUUCAGGAUGAAAAAUUGCUCUUAAAAAAACUCAGAAGUUUUCCUUCCAGAAAAUGUUGCUGUUUUUGUUUUCCUACAUCAGUAUGUGAACAGGAUAGUUGCACCAUGUGAAGCAUAACCCUGCUACCGGGCUUGUCCUCCCUUAGGGGACAUUUGAUAAAGUCCCCCCUAAAGUCUUUGCAUCGGCUUGUAUUUGUUAAGGGAUUAAAACAUCGUUGAACUAAGUAGAGAAUUAGUAGGGCUGUGACUUCACACACGUUGGAAGUGGACAUGUACACUUCCUCAGUGGUGACCGAAUACCUGGUACUUAAGGACAUUUAAUGUCAUCAGAGCAGUAUAAACAUUGUUUUGUUAAAAGGAAAACGUGUUGUUCACGUUUUUGGUGUCAACAGUUAAAGCUAACACACUUGUAACACACUAACAUGAAAUGCUGUCUUUUGGAAGCAGGUUUUUGUCACCAUGGGUAACUUUUAUCAUCUGGUUUGGGAGUCUGUAUCUGCCUCUCCAAGUUCAGAGCAAGCAGGACACCACGUCUUUAGUUUUACUGUUUUGCAUGUCUUCAAAAGCCAGUGCCUUAAAAGUGUGAAAGGCCCAAGAUAAACAUAAGGGAGACCAAUGAGAGUUUUAUUUUGUGACGUUUUGGGGUGGGAUUGUGGGUAUGUUCUUCCCUUCUCAGUUUACUGGAUAUGGAUAACCCUGGAUAAGUGUUUGCAGUGAGUCCCUCCCUCCCUGAGAAGGACCAGUUCCCUCAGGAGGGCAGCUGUGCAGGGUUUUCCUCAUUGGACUGCCUUCUUGUUAUCAUUAAGCAACAAAAGAAAUAACAAGUGUGUUUCAGAAGAGGGGAACCAAGGGCACGAUGGUUUAGUGUCAGUGUGUCUGGAGAAUUCACUUUAGAAUACGUGCCUCAGGAUCACAGCCUGCCCAGACUGACAGCAAGCAGAGCAGGACAUUGGCCACUGAUGCAGGACAGCAUGUGAGGAAGGGAAGGGUCCCCCCACGGUCAGCAGGGUGCAACUGCAGACAGCCGUGCUGAGAGGAGCCCCACUCUCGUUUCCAGAGGAGUUGGAGGUAGAUGGAAAGAGAGGGCUGGGUCACGUUGGUGGGUGACUGGAGUGUCGCAAGUGAUGGUGCUAGGUUAGUGUGACCUGACGGGAGUGCCUUUGCCGGACCGUCUGAUGACCACCCAUCAAUUAUGCACUGAGUCAUCUUUAGUAUUUACUGUAAAAGAGAAGCAUCAGGGAAUGAAAUUCCCACUGCCUCUGGGCUGUCCUGACAAGCUUGGCUGUUUUUUAAAUCGUGUAUUUAUUUUUCCGACCACUUCGUUCUGGCUGGGCUUACCUCCUUCAGACUUCUGUGCUCCACUGGUACAAAAGCCAGGGCUCAACUGUUGGAGGAGACAGAAGAUGCUUGCUGAAGAGCACGUGUGUUUUAUUUAUGUACAUUUUGUAAUGCAAAAUUUCCACUCAAUGGGCCAAAGAUUUUUUUUUCCACUUAAAAGCAAGAAUAAGUGAAAAGACCAAACAAAAAAAAGGCAAAAACAAAAAACCAAUAGUAUCAGAUCCCCCAAUCAUCUGUGGUAUGCAGCUCCAGAGGGUUUGUGGGGAAAUAGCCCCUCUGCCCCGGGCAAGUGUAGCUUCCAGUCAAAGCUGGCGUCAGUCUCUGUCAGAGCCACCUGGCCCGGGCACCGUGGGCCACUGAGCAGUCUAUUAGCACAGUGUCCACACGCAGACGCCCGUGUAGAUGUGUUAGCGCUUCAGCAUAUUUGGCUUCAUCUCUCAGGUUUUAAAUGUUUCAACUGUAGUUGUUGCUAAUCAGUGCCGUUAUCAAUGCAAUUUUAUAUUCCUUACGAGGAGGAAGAGUAAGUUUUUAUUGUACAUGUUGAAAGGGGGAGGUAAGAGUAUUAUGUAUUUAAUUUGGAACAAACCAUAGUCUUAAUGCAACCAUGGUUUGAAUUUGUUAUGUUGGACUGUUUGUUGCAUGUAAAUACAAUAUGCUCUUUGGAUGUAAAUCUUAGAAACGCACAGUAUGGAUGUAGGAUAUCAAUAAUAAAACAUUAAUCCCAGUCUACUA